GGAGAGAGUGUGGUGGGAAGAUGGCGGACGAUAGGAAGCGGGCGGAUAAUGCCAAGCAUCGGCGUGGAGAGCAGCUCAAGCGCUGGCUGGGCUCCGAGACCGACCUGGAGCCGCCUGUCUUCAAGAAGAAGAAGACCCGGGUGAAGUUCGAUGACGGCGCCGUAUUUUUGGCCGCUUGCUCAAGCGGCGACACUGAGGAGGUGAAGCGGCUGCUGGACCGCGGGGCUGACAUCAACUACGCCAAUGUGGACGGGCUGACGGCGCUGCACCAGGCCUGCAUUGAUGAGAACCUUGAAAUGGUAAAGUUUCUGGUGGAGCACAGUGCAGACACUAAUCAACCAGAUAAUGAGGGCUGGACCCCACUGCAUGCUGUGGCAUCCUGUGGAUAUAUAAAUAUAGCUGAGUAUUUGAUAAAUAAUGGAGCCAAUGUUGCUGCUGUUAACAGUGAGGGGGAGAUUCCAUCUGAUAUCGCAGAAGAAUCAGCAAUGAAAGAUCUUUUGCAAGACGAAAUAAGUAGACAAGCAAUUGAUGUCGAAGCAGCGAGGAAAGAAGAAGAACACAGAAUGCUGCAGGAUGCCAGGCAAUGGUUAAACAGUGGCAAAAUAGAGGAUGUAAAAAAUACUAAAUCAGGUGGUACGGCUCUGCACGUGGCUGCUGCAAAAGGCUAUUUGGAGGUUUUAAAGCUCCUAAUUCAGGCUGGAUAUGAUGUAAACAUCAAGGACAAUGAUGGCUGGACACCGCUUCAUGCUGCUGCUCACUGGUGCAAAGAGGAAGCCUGUCGAAUCCUCAUUGAGAAUUUUUCAGAUAUGGAUGCUGUUAACAAAGUGGGACAGACUCCUUUCGACUUGGCCGAUGAGAGCAUCCUUGAGCAUUUAGAGGAGCUGCAGAAAAAGCAGAAUAUUCUUCGUGCUGAGAAACGAGCUGUGAGAUCAACACUUAUUGAAUCAACAGUAAAUUGCAAACUGCAGCCCAAGCAUUUGAGUAAAGAUGGUCUGCUUUCUGUGGAAGAAAAGGAAGCUAAACGUAAAUCACUAGAAGGAGAGAAAGUUGAUGAGGAGAGUAAAAAAGACGAAUCUAGUAGCUCCAGUUCUGAGGAAGAAGAUGAUGCCUCUGAUUCUGAAUCCGAGAUAGAUGCAGAUAAAUCAAAGUCUUCUGUCAAAAACAAUAUAAACAGCAAAUUGAAUAGCAGUGUCUCUCACCUAUCCACGACAGGGCAGUCCACUCGAUAUACAGCUACCAUUACAACAAGAAAGAUCAUUAGCCCUUUCAUUAAAUCUGCUACCAAAGAUGAAGAAGGAAAGGAUGAAUCUCCAGCUUCCUGGAGAUUGGGGUUGAGGAAAACUGGGAGCCAUGAUGCACUGACCGAAAUCAGCAGUUCUCAAGCAUUGAAAGAAAAGGACUCAUUUGGAAUCAUCCGGUCAGCUUCAAGUCCCCGGCUGUCAACCAUAUUUGCUAACCAGGAAAAGGACAAGGAUACUAAAACUAGACUGGUAUAUGUUUCACCAACCAUCCCAGGCAGACGAUUGCAUAGUACAUCAGACAUUGAAGAAAAGGAAAAUAGGGAAUCUGCAGCUAGUCUGGUACGUAGUGGUUCUUAUACGAGACGAUCAUGGAGGGAUGACUUAAAAGAUGCAAAUCACGUGAGAAGUGAAGGUGGCAUGUCUGUAAAUGUAUCAACUGCUAACACAAUGCCUUUGUAUCAGCGGAGAUCCUAUCUCACCCCCGUCCGAGAUGAAGAAGCCGAAUCGCAGAGAAAAGCUCGAUCCAGACAGGCCAGACAGACAAGGAGAUCAACACAGGGUGUAACGCUAACAGACCUGCAGGAAGCAGAGAAGACAUUUAGCCGCUCUCGUGCUGAAAGACGAGCUCAAGAACAACAAGAGAAGGAUGAAAAGGAAAAGCAAGAUGUAGAAAAGCAGGAUGAAAAAGAAAAGCCAUUGAUAUCACAAGAUGCAGAAGAAUACAGACAAAGAUGGAGUAGAAAUCAAGAGAAAGAGUCUGGAUAUCGCCAGUCAAGGCACACAUCACAGUCAGAUAGUUCAUCUGUACCUGUUGCAUCACCUUCUGCAUCAGACAGUUUCCUGUAUGCGAGUACCCAUCAAAACCAGCUGAAUGGGAUUAUAGAUCAAGUACCAUCUUACUUUUCACAUUCGAGGAUCUUGUCUAAAGAACUGGAGAGCAAUGGUGGCUCUGAGAAAGUAAAUGACGAUGAGAAAGAUUCUAGUGAAAGACAACUAUCAAUAAGGGAAAGGAGACGCCCCAGAGAAAAACGCCGAUCUACUGGAGUAUCAUACUGGACUCAAGAUGAUGAAAAUGAAAAGGAAGAGGAGAAAAAUACCCAGCAUGAUCGUCUCAGCAGGUUGGAUUCGGGUUCAUCAACUGACAGUUACAGUGACCGGCUAUUGAGUCGAACAAGUUCCUACACGCGCAGGGAGAAUCGACUGUCAUCCCUCAGUAAGCCAGAGCAAGAUGAUGCUGUAAAGGAUUAUAAGAAGUUGUAUGAAGAGGCCUUGACAGAAAAUGAUAAACUUAAAGCCAAACUGCAAGUGGCGCAACUUGAACUUGCUGACGUGAAAGCCCAGCUCGAAAAAACUACUCAGAAGCAGGAAAGGAUUUCCGAUAAGUCUUCAAUGCUGGAGAUGGAGAAAAGGGAAAAACGUGCUUUAGAGAGGAAAGUUUCCGAAAUGGAGGAAGAAUUAAAGGUUUUAACGGAGUUGAAAUCGGACAACCAAAGGCUGAAAGAUGAGAAUGGUGCACUAAUCCGAGUAAUAAGUAAAUUGUCAAAAUGAAGGAUGCCUUUCUGAGCAAGAGGCAAGAAAAAUAGAACCCACAAUGAGCCUACUUGCUCUACAAAGGAGCUGUCACAAAAGUUUCUUCAGCACUGAGAAGAUUCUGACUGUGGUUUUCUUCAUCCAUUGAUGUCUGGUUUGUGCAGGUUAUGAUUGUACUCAUCAGUUACAAGUUUUUCAGUGAUAAAUUUGGAGAGAAAAUACUAACUUGUGAACAAAAAAAAAUCACAUCCAUAUUUAAGGGAACACUUGCAGCUUAUCGCAAUUGAGCCACGUCCUGUAAUGUUUCAGAUAUGAUUUUGAGAAAUGCAUUUAACUACCACUCCUGCUCAGUCACAUUAACAGUGCCCCUCAGUCAGCUGCGUGUUGAUGAAAAUAUCUGUUAUGCAGUAUUCACUUUGCACAGUAGUUAAAAUCACUGCAGAACAUGGCUUGUUCCUUUUAAAGCUUAAUACAAAAACCAUCAGCUAGACUGUAUGGUUCAGAAAGUAUUAAUUGUACGUGCAAUAUGCUGUUUUAUUAUUUUAACAUGAUAAAUGUAUUCAAUUCAGCUGCCUCCUUUUACUUUAUUUUGUUUACCUUUAUUGUCAGUAGUGAAUUUUCCUGUUCAGUUUUGCAUUCAAAACUUUAAGAUGGUCAUUAGCCUUUGGAUGUCUGUUUCUGAAGUACUAUGUACUGUAUGUAAUGUUGAUGGUUUCCAACGCUUUUGCCUCUUUCUUCCCCAGCUCCCACUCACCUAUCCCGAAUCCAAAUUCUAGAUCCAAUGUAUCAGUGUUUAUCCCAUCGAAGCAGCAGUUAAUUAAAGAAAAACCUGAUUCAGAUUAAGGCUGCUUACUAGGGCAAAUUGAAAGAUGCAUUCAAACAUGAGCUUCCUGGUUCUCUUGAUACGAUUUUGUGCUUCAUCUGAUGUUAGAUAAAACUAGUUUUAGGACAAACUUUGAGAAUUAUUUUGCUUUUAAAUAUACACUCAAGGAAUAUUACAACCUUAUAGGUUCAAAAGUAUCUUUUUCCUUUAGUCUUUUCAUUGCAUGCUGAGCAAUAAAUAUACUGUAUCUCCUAUCUACUACUGCUACAGAAGUUUAAAACAAAAUGGUACUUUUCUAUAGAGUGCACUUAUACAAUAGAGUUCAGGGAAAGGAUUCAUUUAAAAACUUGUGGUAUAGUCUGUAACCUGAUGGAAUUCACAGCAAAUCUAGAUUUGUAUAGUGGUUUCCAUGGCUGAAAUAUGUAGAUUAGGCAAUUCUAGUAGGGUACUGAAAUUUCGUGUGUGUGUGUGUGUAUACAUUCUCUGUGGUACCAAAAAGGCUGUCAGUUUUGUGUUUUUUUUGUUUUCCUUAAUCAGGUCAACAGGUUACUAUAAAUGCAUCAGGUGUCUUUUUAUUAAAAUCCUAUGUAAAAUGGACCGUGCAGUUGUAUUGCUGCUGAAUAGAAUGCAAAAGGUCUAAAACAGCCCUUUAAACAGUUUAAGGAUUAUGUACAUAUGAGAUCUUCACAGGAGGGUUCAUACUUCUGGGAAUUUACAAUAUGCAGCUGUUGGUGGCCUUUUUAAAAACUAUGAAUAUAUUAUUAGUAUCAUCUAGUGUUAUAAUUUGAACAUUUCUAUCACAUGUUGGGGAAUGUACAUGUGGGAAAUGUACACAUUAUUUAAAGCUUGUAUACACAUCUGUAUUUUAUGGUUAAAUAGACCACCGAGUUCAGGUUUGAAAUUACGUUGUACAGCUAAUCUAUGUAAAUGAAAAGAACUAAACAUUGUCACCUUUGCAAAUGCUUCUAUUGAAUGUGAGUCUCUUAUUGCUCUGAAUACAAUAAGUGUAUUAACUUUUUGUGAUGCUUUUGGUUCAAAGGUUGAAAGUACUGUAUUAUACAUGUUUAGCUUGUGUAAGAUGGAGUUUUGUGCAGAUACAAGGUCAUUCUUUUGAUGUGCUUAUUGUUAGAAUUGCCUUUAGAUUUAUAAUUGCCUAAAGAAACAAACUUUGGGCUUGUUUUGGCCCAGUUCACUGUACAGUACAAGAAAAGGAUUGAUUAUAUUAACUGAUGGGUAAGGAUUUUACCUCCGGUUAAAUUUGCUGGUCACGGUUGAUAAAUAUCAACUGGCAGUUUAAAAUGUAUUGAGAAGCACUUCCUGUGCUUUACAGGAGGAGUCGUGGUUAAAUUUACACUUUCUUGGCAAGUGUCAUGACUGGGCAUUGCAAUGUAAAUUAAGCUGAAGGUGAUGUGCAUGCACUCAAACUAGUAAAUCGACUAUUUAACUUGAGAAUAAAUUUGUCAGUGAAAAUGCAGAAAAAGGUUGAAAAGUGGCUGAUUUAAUAUUUGAAUCUAAAAUGUUUAAUCAAGUUGAUGGACAAAUAUGCAAUUGAAUAACAGCUUUUAAAUUGACAGGAUAAGAUGUAAUUAAUUUGUAAAGUGAAUUAAUAAUUUUCAAAAUGUCAUUUUGGCAGCACACUUGCCUUUUUUCCUCGUCAUCAUCUUUUUCAAUUACACAUGUAGCAGCCUGUCGCAAGAACACUACUGGCCCACAAGGAUGUAACAAAGUGUGCUCAGUCAUGGCUCUUCACUGUCACUCUCUCCCUCCCCCCCAAAAAAAACCUCAAAGAAAUGGUGUAAAGAUGCCUUAUGUAUUGAAUUGCAAUUUGAUGUUUAAGGAAUUAUUGCAAUGUUUUGGUAGAGGUCUAUCUAUUUUGAUACUCAUCCUGUACUGUAUUCCAUGUAAUUACAAUUCACUUGAAUUGUGUACUUAUACUUCUGUACUUGUUUUCAAAAUUUGACCUUUUCAAUGGUUAAAGUAGACCACAUCUAAAGACCUGCAGACCCCGGAUAUCUCAUUUAAGUUGACAGUGCAAUGGGCAUUUAGAAAUGUUAUAAAUAAUCAGUUUACUUCCCAGAAUGAGAGGCACCACUAUUUUUUGUAAGUGAUUUUAUAAUAUAUUUUCCACACUUCAUGGUUGUGGAUUUCAUGACAUAAGUUUAAAGCUACUGGAGUCAGUAUAUGAUGUUGAUCCAAUUUUGUGUUAACCAAUUUUGAGUUCUGAUUAAUGCCAGGAGCAAAUGGGGGUUUCAGUGCAAUCAGUAACAGAUUUUGAUAUCUGGAGCCCUGAUUUUAAGCUCUUUCAGACUCCUUACUGCUGCAAAUUGCUAUCAUUAUUUGGUCAUUUGGUAGUUCAUACUGUAAUUGUCUACAAGUCUUGGAGCUGUUGUUCCAUGGAUGAAACUACCAUAGACUUCGCAGUGAACCCAACAUGAGGUUAAGUAGAAUUAAUGUUACUGACACUAUCCCCAGUGGUCAUUCACUGCAGUAUAAAUUAAUCAGAAUCUGUGUUAUGUGUGCUGGUAGCUACUAGAAUAAGACUUCUAGCUAUUAACUUUUCAGGUGGUGCCUAUUACCAAAACUCCCUGCUGUACAAAGAAGUUAAACUGAUGUGCUUGUUUCUAUAAAUUACAUUUUACAGAUUUUUUUUUAUUUGCUUAAACACCAGAAGGAGAAACUGUUCCUAUUUUUUCCUUCCGGGCAAACAUUGCUAUUGGUGCAGUAUGUUUUAAAAAUGUAAAUAACAAAGCUUUAAUUAUCAGAUGUACUUUGCUAUAAGUGAAUGAUACCAAGGUGGCUAUUGCUGAAGUAUAUUUUUCUACUUUAUGUCCUAUUGGUUCCGACCUAGUCCUUAGCAGCAUCUUGUAAUUUGGAUGCUGAGAAAACUGCAGGCAGAUUUUUAAUUUGUGAUAAAGCAACAGUUCAAGUUGAUUAAAUGCCUUAUAACUAGCUUGAUGGGGGCAUAAUGUCCCUGGAUCAUUGUUUCAGGAUAAGAGAUAUAACUUUUAUAUUUUAAAACUUCUAGUGGUCUACAAGGCAUGUAUGUCAGUGGUAGAACAUUUCUUCCCUCACCUUUAAAAGCAUAAUAAUGAACUAAAUUUUGCACUAUAGCUGAUCAAUUUUGGGUCAUUAAUGGUUCCUAAGAUACCUGGGAGGGAGAACUAAGGGAGGGGGGGAACUUUCAAGUGUGAGAAAUCUAAAAUGUACCGGUGAGUGUCUAAAAGAGGAAAGCCUAGGUUAACUUUCUAGUUGCGACCCUUUCAUCAAUGUUUUAUUUUUGACUUGGAUCAGCAAGUUUGUGAAGACUGUCAUUGUACUACCAGUACAAUUUUUUUUAUCAUGUAGUUAGACCCAGCACCCUGAGGUAUUUUGUUUACUGUGAGCUAAAGAUCAAUAUCAGCAUUUCUACAGAAUGCAACUGAUCCAUAAUAAUAGUGAACUACAAAAUGUGUAAAUUACUGCAAAACAGAUGCUUUCUUUCAUCAACAGCUAAUCUGAAAUGUUCAGAAAAUAGUUCACCCCGUCAUUCAUAUGUUCUUGGUUUGGUUCCUUUUUUUUAAACUAGUAAUUCAGUCCAGGUUUUUAUUGGCAGUUUAGCAUUCUUUUAACAUUUAUAACUAGACUUUGGUGCACUGCAAACUAUUAUGUGGUUCAUGUGUGUGUUUUAAGUAAUGUGUGUGUUUGUAAUUUACAUCAGUUCAGAUUUUAUGAAGUUUAUUUAUUGGUCUGUGCAUUGAGUUGUUACCUGCUUAUCAAACUUUUCACAUCUUGUAUCUGCAUGAAACUGGC